GAUUUUCGGGAGUCGUUCCCGCGUUGUCCUGUGAGUCGGACCGGACUCUAUUUGCUGCUGCACACCGAGACACCGAGGACAGUUUGGACGUAAAGCCGUAGAGCUGCUGUUUUUCCCCGGGAGACGAAUACACACCACACCGCGGCAGCAUGCACGUGAUCAAGCGAGAUGGACGCCAGGAGCGCGUCAUGUUUGAUAAAAUCACCUCUCGUAUCCAGAAGCUUUGCUAUGGCCUGAACUCUGACUUUGUGGAUCCAACCCAUAUAACAAUGAAGGUGAUUCAGGGUUUGUACAGUGGCGUCACCACCGUGGAGCUCGACACUCUCGCCGCAGAGAUCGCUGCCACUCUCACAACAAAGCACCCAGACUACGCCAUCCUCGCUGCACGGAUUGCCGUCUCAAACCUGCACAAAGAGACGAAGAAGGUGUUCAGUGAUGUGAUGGAGGACCUGUACAAAUAUGUCAACCCCCUGAAUAAACGCCACUCUCCCAUGAUCUCCAAGGCGACCCUUGACCUGGUUCUUGAGAACAAAGACCGCCUUAACUCGGCCAUUAUAUUUGACAGAGAUUUCUCCUACAACUUCUUUGGCUUCAAGACACUUGAGCGGUCCUACCUAUUGAAGAUCAAUGGCAAAGUGGCAGAACGGCCUCAGCACAUGCUCAUGAGAGUGUCUGUUGGUAUCCAUGAAACCGACAUCGAUGCUGCCAUUGAGACCUACAACCUGCUGUCGGAGAAGUGGUUCACGCAUGCCUCUCCUACACUCUUCAACGCAGGAACCAACAGGCCACAGCUGUCCAGCUGCUUCCUGCUUGCCAUGAAGGAUGACAGCAUUGAAGGCAUCUAUGACACACUGAAGCAGUGUGCCCUGAUCUCUAAAUCAGCUGGAGGAAUUGGCGUGGCAGUCAGCUGCAUCAGGUCGACUGGGAGCUACAUUGCCGGCACCAACGGCAACUCAAAUGGUCUGGUCCCCAUGCUGCGGGUUUAUAACAACACGGCACGGUAUGUCGACCAGGGUGGCAACAAGCGCCCUGGGGCCUUCGCCAUGUACUUGGAGCCUUGGCACUUCGACAUAUUUGACUUCCUGGAGCUGAAGAAGAACACUGGGAAGGAGGAGCAAAGAGCCAGAGAUCUUUUCUAUGGAAUGUGGAUCCCCGACCUGUUCAUGAAGAGAGUAGAGGACAACCAAGAGUGGUCACUGAUGUGCCCGAACGAGUGCCCCGGGCUGGACGAGUGCUGGGGGGAGGAGUUUGAGAAGCUCUACACUGAAUAUGAGAGGGAGGGCAGGGUCAAGCGAGUGGUGAAGGCUCAGCAGGUGUGGUACGCCAUCAUUGAGUCGCAGACAGAAACGGGUACGCCGUACAUGCUGUACAAAGACGCCUGCAACAGGAAGAGCAACCAUCAGAAUCUGGGCACCAUUAAAUGCAGCAACCUCUGUACAGAAAUCGUGGAGUACACCAGCCACGAUGAGGUCGCGGUCUGUAACCUGGCCUCCCUCGCUCUCAACAUGUACGUCACUCCUGAGCGGACUUUCGACUUCAAGAAACUGGCACAGGUGACCAAAGUGAUCGUCAAAAACCUCAACAAGAUCAUAGACAUUAACUUCUAUCCAGUGCCUGAAGCAGAAAAGUCCAAUAAGCGCCACAGGCCGAUAGGCAUUGGUGUCCAGGGUUUGGCAGACGCCUUCAUUCUGAUGCGUCAUCCAUUUGAAAGCCCCGAAGCUCAGCUGCUCAACAUCCACAUCUUUGAGACCAUCUACUACGCUGCCCUGGAGGCCAGCUGCGAGCUGGCUGCAGAGCUGGGCCCCUAUGAGACGUACGAAGGCUCUCCCGUCAGCAAGGGCAUCCUCCAGUACGACAUGUGGGAGAAGACUCCCACCGACAUGUGGGACUGGAAGCUGCUGAAGGAGAAGAUCGCCAAGCACGGCGUGCGGAACAGCCUGUUGCUGGCUCCGAUGCCCACGGCCUCCACCGCCCAGAUCCUGGGCAACAACGAGUCCAUCGAGGCCUACACCAGCAACAUCUACACCCGCAGGGUCCUGUCGGGAGAGUUUCAGAUCGUCAACCCCCAUCUGCUCAAAGACCUGACGGAGAGAGGCCUGUGGAGCGAAGACAUGAAGAACCAGCUGAUCGCUCACAACGGAUCCAUUCAGAACGUUAACGAGAUCCCAGACGACCUGAAGGAGCUCUAUAAGACAGUGUGGGAAAUCUCCCAGAAAACCAUACUGAAGAUGGCUGCCGACCGCGGCGCCUUCAUCGACCAGAGCCAGUCUCUGAACAUCCACAUCGCUGAGCCAAACUACGGCAAACUGACCAGCAUGCACUUCUUCGGCUGGAAACAGGGCCUGAAGACAGGAAUGUACUACCUGAGGACAAAGCCUGCUGCUAAACCCAUCCAGUUCACCCUCAACAAGGAGAAGCUGAAGGAGGCUCUGCCUGCCAAAGCCUCGGAGCAGGAGGCCAAAGAUCGCAACACUGCAGACAUGGUUUGUUCUCUGGAGAACAGAGACGAGUGUCUCAUGUGCGGAUCCUAAACUUUUUUUUUUCCUUGCUCUCUCGCCACCAAAUCACACUCUAAACCUGCUAAAGCUUGAGGUUCAAUCUCGGCUCUGACUUGAUGUUAAAACUCUGGAUGACGGGACUUAACUUAUGAAAGUGCUUCCAUUAUGACAGUUCACACGUUUUUCUGUUCAUCAUUGUAUAGUAUUUACUGAUUGACGUACCUACUACAAAAUGUAUUUUAUGUGAAUGGCUUUGUCAUAGAAAAUAAAAGUUUUAUA